AUGCCGGUGCACCCGCACAAACCAUAUCGGCCGCUGCUAGGGGUGCUGGUGGUUCUCGCGCUUCUCCUCCUGGGCCUCCCAGCCGCCGCGACAGCCUUCGCGCUCUUCGUCGUCCCGCCGCGCCCGUGGAUCCCGACCCGCGCACAGCUCGUCCUCGGCGCAUUGCUACUCCUCGGCCUGCCUGCCGCCUCGGCAAAGAGUGGCGACAAGUACCUCGUCGGCGUGGGCAAGGCCGACGUCACGGGCCCUGUCGUCGAGCUCCCCCUCGCUGGGUACGCGAAAGGUUUGGACCAGGUCGGCGGCGGGCUGCGGCAGCGGCUGUACUCGCGCGCAUUCAUCUUCGGGGCCGUCAACUCGCCCGACCGGGCAGUCUACCUCGUCCUCGAUGUCGCGAUGGGCGAUACCGCCGUGAGGCGGGGCAUCAUCGAGUCGCUGGAGAAGCUUGGCCCCGAGUACGCGGCGUACAACACGCAGACCAUCGCCCUUGUCGCUACCCACAGCCAUUCCGGCCCGGCAGGCUACCACAACUACAUGCUGCCGCAGGUCGUGUCGCUCGGUCUCAACGAGCAGAGCCUCAACGCCCAGAUCGAGGGCGCAGUGCGGAGCAUACGGCGCGCCCAUGAGAAUCUGCAGGAGGGCUUCAUCGACGUCGGGUACGCCGACGUCAAGGACGGCAACAUCAACCGCUCGCUCUUCGCAUACCUAGCCAACCCGGCGUCCGAGCAGGCAGCGUACGCAGGGCCGACUGAUACGCAGAUGACGCUGCUGUCGCUCCGGCGAGCGUCGGACGGCAAGCUGCUCGGCGUGCUCAACUGGUACGGCGUGCACGGGACCUCUGUGAGCAGCCGGAACGCCCUCGUGUCCGGCGACAACAAGGGCGUUGCCGCGUGGCUCCUCGAGCGCGACAUGCGCACCGACCCAGCCGCGGCGCCAGACUUUGUCGCGGCCUUCUCCCAGGCUAGCGUCGGCGACGUGUCCCCCAACGUACUCGGCCAGUGGUGCGACGACGGCUCGGAGGAGCCGUGCGCUUUCGAGACUAGCACGUGCAAGGACGGCACGGUGAAGCAGUGCAUUGGGCGCGGGCCGAACUAUGCUGCGGGCGAUAACGGCGUGCGGAGCUGCUUCGAGAUGGGCCGGCGGCAGUACGCGGCGGCGAAGGACAUCAUCGACGCGCAGAACCGCGCGGCAACAAGCCUACUGCUCCACGUUUGCCGUCUGCGUUUUCCCCGCCUACCCGACUGGAGCAGGCUCGACCUGGGGCUCCUCGCCGCCUGGAACCCCUUCCGCGCCUGGAGCGGCAUCUGCUCGGACAUUGAGGCCCCAUCGGCCUCCACGCCGCUCGUCGGGCCGACAGUCAAGGCGUUCCACUUCUUCAAAGACCUGCGGUACUUCUCCUUCCCCCUCCCGAACGGGACGUGGGCACAGACUUGCCCAGGGGCGCUAGGCUACUCCUUUGCGGCGGGCACGACCGACGGACCAGGCAUCGCAGACUUUGUCCAGUCGCAUACCGGUGGGGCGAACCACAACCCCGUCUGGAAGCUCGUCACCAGGGCGACCAAGAGCCCGAGCGCGCGCCAGAAGGAGUGCCAGGGCGCCAAGAACAUCCUCCUCGACGUCGGCGAGAUGGACUGGCCGUACGCGUGGAGCGCGAACAUCGUCGACAUCCAGAUGCUCCGCGUCGGGCAGCUGGUCAUGAUCAUCUCACCGGCGGAAGCGACAACGAUGAGCGGUAGGCGGUGGCGCGCAGCGGUGGAGCGCGCAGCGGAGAGUAUCGUCGACAGCGGUACCGAGCCCAUCGUCGUCCUCGGCGGUCCGGCCAACACGUACAGUCACUACGUCACCACGCCCGAGGAAUACGACGUGCAGCGGUACGAGGGCGCCUCGACGCUGUUCGGGCGGCACACGCUCGACGCAUACAUCAACUUGACGGUCAGCGCGAUCGGGGCGCUAUCGCCCUCAGCCACGAUGGGUGCGCUGCCGCAGGGCCCGAGCCCGCCGGACAACCGCGCGCCAGUGAGCCUUAGCCUCGCCAUCCCGGUGGUGUAUGACCACGCGCCGCUCGGCAAGGUGAUGGGCCAGGUGCUCUCGCCGCCGAACGCGACCUACACCUGCGGCGAGGUGGUCACCGCAACGUUCCAGGGCGCCAACCCGCGCAACAACCUCCGACUCGAGGGAACGUUCGCUGCCGUGGAGAAGAGGGACAAAAACGGCUCGUGGAGCCAAGUGCGCAGCGACGCAGACUGGUUCCUCACGUUCACGUGGAAGCGCGCCGACAUCCUCUGGGGCUCGAGCACCGUAGAGAUCAGCUGGGAUACCGGCGACGGCGCGGAGCGCGGCACAUACCGCCUCCGCUACUGCGGCGACAGGAAGGCGUCGGGCUCGGCCCGGAUCGUGCCCUUCGAGGGCGUGACCGAGGCAUUUGAGCUGUUGUAACAAGACAAUUGUAGCAUUCAUAUCAACGAUAC